AUGACAAGGAUAAAAGAUACAUUACGAAGUAUAAGUUCCAAUUCGUCUAAUACAGAACUGCAAACAUUAAUUGAUCUUAUAGAGAAGUUUACAACUGCUCGAGAUGGACCCGGAGAUCCAGAAAAAAUCGAUGAAGUGUCGACUAAGAAGGAACUUUCAGACACGUCAAGAUGGAUGAAACUUGAACCGGCAGAUUUUAUAGUGGAAUCAAUUGGAUUUGAUAUAGAUAAUUCAUCAAAGAAAUAUGCAGAUCAGAUAGAAAAUAUAACCAAAAAAAUAUUACAAGAAUCUAAUAAUUCGAUGACGGGAAAACCUGAUGAAAUGAGAAGAAGACCAUCACAUACUAUCUCCGUGAAAGAAAUCAUGGAAGUUCAUGAAGCUCUUAAAAGCGGAGUUGAUAUAGUAUUAAAUUUUGAACUUUAUCUUAAACAACAACAUCUUCAACACAUUGGGCGUCUUCAUCGUGAUCAUAUACUUGACAAUAUGGCUGAAGCAGAAAGACAAAAUUUGUAUAAUACAUGUAGAACAUUGAAAUCUCAAUUAAAGAGAGUUCAGGCAGCAUUUGAUAGACAAAGAACCGAAACUGCGAACUUAAAAAAGACAAAAGUUCAAUGGGAAAAUGAACUGAACACAAAACUAAAGAAUUAUCGAGAACAGGAAAAAGAAUUGAAAUUACAAAUGGAUAAAAUACUGCAAGAAUUAAACGAAGCAAAGCUUACGAUAAGUAAGCAAAGUAGACGAAUUGAAGAGAUAGAAGCAAAAAAUUUUUUAGUGGAAAGUAAACUUAAAUUAAUUGAACCAGAACUCGUUAAAUUAACAGAAUAUCAAGAAAUAAUCGAUCAAUUAAAGAAACAGCUUGUGUUAUGGGAGUUGGAUACUAAAAAAUUUGAAAGGCAAAAAAAAGAUUUAGAAAUUUUAGUGAUGGAGUGGCAUAAAAUGGAAAUGAUAUUAGAAUCUAAAGAUCAAGAGAUCGAACAACUAAAGAAUUUGGUUAGUGAUCAAUCUGAAAUGAUUAAUGAAUUGAGAAUAAAGUGUAAAAAGAAUGUCAAAGAUUCACAAAAUAAUCAAAAAACUGCAUUUGAAAAACAGUUUGAAGAAUACAAGAAAUUAGAAACGAAUUAUGAUCAAUUGAAGAAAAGCAACGAGGAACUAAAGUCGGAAGUUCUUGAACUUUUGGCUAAAAUUGAAUCUUUAACGCCACGAGAACCAAUAUCAAUAUCAUUACUUUAA